AUGAAAUUUGUCGUGGUCAAUUUGGACCGGUUUAGCUUAUCUGUCGGUCGGUAUAAAUACCCGGAUCAUUACUACAGCCUCUAUGAUACUGAACCUAAACUUCCGGUCAAAUGGAUGGCACCCGAAAGUCUGGAACGGGAACCACCCGUAUAUGACAUCAAGACUAACUCCUACACAUAUGGCAUAGUUAUCUGGGAGGUAAUGAGCAGGGGACUGGUACCUUAUGGUGAUGUACCGGAAGUUGAUUUAUUAAUGUAUGUUAAAUCUGGACGUCGUAUGGAUAGACCCGAGUGCUGUCCCAAUGAGUUGUAUGACAUAAUGAUAAGGUGUUGGUAUUUGGGCCCUGAUACACGACCAGAGUUUAGCCAGUUAGUGGAUGAGAUAGAUAUAAAGAUGAUUAUUUAA